AUCGGGACGCGGCCAUGGCGGAGGGCGGGCAGGGCCCAGAGCAUGAAGAGGAACAGCCUCAAAUUUCAGAUGUUCCUCAAUCAAAAGAAGAUCCCAAAUCAAAAGAAGAAUCAGUGCCUUUGGAAGCGGAAAUUCCUGUGGAACAACUUUUUUCUGCCCCUACACUCCAAUAUCUGCCCCCUGUACUUGGGGAAACUCCCUCUGGAGACCCCCCUGAUCCAAAAAAAUGUUCUCCUCGAGAAUUCUUGGAGUUUUACAUCUUCCCAGUGCUCCUCCCAGGACUGGCUGCACUUCUGCAUGAAGUAGAGAAGGAGAACUAUUUGGAGGAAAAAAGAACCAAAUUUAUUCCCACUGAUUUCCUAACUGAGUGGUUAUACAACAAUAAUCCAAAGAGGAAAGAUGAGUCAUUCACAGAAUUGUUUUCCAUUCCUUUUGUGAAGGACUGGCUAAAGGACCAUCCUAGACCACCAGUUCCUCUAUCUCUGCUUCUAUCAAAAGAAGAAGCAAGCAUUCUAAUCCAGUCCUUCUGGAGAGGUUAUCGGGUUCGUUGUGACAGUGAAAUACAAGAGCUCCGUAAGUGGCAAAAGAAGCUGAGAGAGGAGAGGUACAUUCGUGAUGUGGUGAGAAAAUUCUGGGCUAAACAGGAAGCCAAAGUGGGAAGCAAAUCAGAAGAGCUGGACUAACGUACACAAAAUCCUUCAUCAUCUCAAUUUUAGUUUACUCACUAAAAUUGCAAAGCACAGAGUUCAUGGACUUUGUGAUACUGAUUUAGAAACCCUUUUAGCAUUAAAGUUUUACAUGUGGGGUAUUGUAAAUCAAAGGCAGGUUAUGUAAGGAACCAGCAUGCCAAGACAAAAUUCAGUCUUGGUCUAAGUGAGCACAAUUCUGUUAAAACAGAUGGAAUGGUGCACAUCUAGCCAAAAAUGUUGAAUCUGUAUUUAUCUUGUGUUCUUGAAUGCUCACUUAAACCCUUUUCUCACAGAAACAAAACUCUGGAUGAAAUUAAAUGGGGUUCUAUCCACAUGUAGGCAAGUGGUAAAUCUUCAUUUAUCAUAAACUGGACUUCUGUGACUCCUGCAGAGCUAUGACAAUUUACACAAAUCCAGGCUCUGUUCAGAAUGGUCUAAUUUGCAGAAAUGCUGUGCCCCUGCAAUUCCAAUGGAAGGCAAUGAGAGCUGGGGUUGCUCUGCAUUUCUGCAGGGGAGAAAAGUCAAAGGCCCUUUUGUUACCACUUAGCACAUGUGCUGGGAAAGUGUAGAAUUAAGAUCCCAGUGUCAGCAUUUCCAGCAAUCUUAUGCAGGCUACUUACUUUUAUCAGGUCCAAGCACAGUAAAAAUCAGAUUGGGCCCCUUGCUAAGGAAUCCUGAUUAUUUUUUUUAACUUAGCCCUGUCAAGCACAGUCCUGUUUAUGCCUUCAUAAUUUCACAAUUAGAGAAGAUAGUAGCAGAACUACAAAUAAUUCCAUGCAAGUCAAAGGUGUAGUUGUUUUGACUGAACACCUAAUAAAACAAAGGUGGUCUCCAGCAUUUGCUGUGGGUCCACAUGGAUUUCUUCCUUCACUUGCACAGACUUUGUCUUCACUCUUACACCAGUACCCACCCCUUGGGCUUGCUCCUGGUUGGUGAUGAUGGUUCUUACCCCAGAUCUGGAAAAUCAAACCAUUUGAAGAAAAACUCUCAUUCUGCACUCUUCAAACCCAGCUGAAUUCUUCUGUCCUCUCCUUUUCACAAGCAAUUGAACCAGAACAGGAAACUGCUGAGCCAACAGGGGGAAAAAGCAUCUCUUUUGUGUUAAGAGUUUGGCUGCUGAGCUCCUUGACUCGCUCACCCUGGGUUUGAUAGGUGCCAGAGCCAAGGGUAAGUGUGGGAAUGUGGCCAGAGGUGGAGGAAUGUGCUUUAGGAGCUCUUUCCUUCAGUUUAACAUUAAGGAACUGCACCAAGGAGCAAUUCUGUCUGUAGCACUGCUCACUGCAAUGGAAAAAAAAUCUGUGUGGAUUUUAAAACCAAGAGGACACAACCAUUGUAAGUAAAUAGUAAAGCCUUUAUUCUCGUUAAGAACAGCAUUUUGAAAAUAAAACAUUUGCCCAUGCUUUACAACCUUUGUAGUUUUGUAUACUUAUGUACAGUCAUCAUGGUACACAUUGAUUGUCUUGAAAACCCUUGAAAGAUGUACUUAAUAAGAUACCAGUAUGCAACAAUCAGCAGGAAAAAGGGUACGUUAUAAAACACACGUUAAUACAUUUAAUAAAUAUAUAUUAUCUAUCAAAAAUGAGCUUUAGCUCUCAUCAAUUAAUAAAAAGCACCUGCUUUGUAAUCCUGUAAAUUGAUAGAAUAAUCCAAUUGUUUUGUUAUAAAAGCUACAAUGCUCCCUUUUGUAUGGCCUUUGGUUAGACCCAAGGCAUCAAGCUCAGACAGAGCCAAGCAAGAUGCCUGUGUUUAGAAUAAAAGCAGAAACAGCUCAUUCUAAAGUAUUUCAUGUACCUUGUUUAUAGAAGCAGCUGGAUGUAUUGAGAGUGUUCUUCUGAAGAUGCUACAUAUUUUCUGGCAAGUGUCAAAAUCAAACACCCUCAACCCAUCUGAAAGCUGGACAGGAUCUGUAGGACUUUGAACUCUUUUCCUGCCAUUGAUCAAAGCUGGUCAUUUUACAUCUUGUUUUGCUAAUAGAUGCUUUUGUCAGAUGCUUUUUGAUUUCAUUUUUCUGCAUGGAAACACCAUGAGCACGUAACCAUCAAGGGACAACAUAGUAGCUUUUAUAGUAUAAAAGCUAAUUAUAAUCAGGAGAACUGCGAAAGGCUUGUGCUUAGUUACUUAUUCAUGUUGUUCACAGAUGCUCUACAUUCUAGAAAACUUCCAAAAAAGGCAAAAGUAAAUACUGUAACAAAAAUAUAAGUUAACAUAAAGGUGCCUUUCUUCAAUUACAGUUUUAUUUUGGGGCAUUUUACAUCACAGACUAGUGACUUACAAAAAAAAGUUUCUCAUCACUAAUUGUAAAAAGUUGGAAAAUAAUGACCCUCCUAAAUCUAUUGCCACACAUUCACCACCACACAUGAAACCCAAUCCUGCUAAUUUUUAAUUCAGUGAAUGUCCACAUGACUAACGCAGUGAGACUCGUCAUGUGAAUUGCAGUUUGUAAGAUCUGGCCAUAUCUUUGCAUAAGCCCUGAAAUCCCAAACAACUUCAUCAGAAGCAGGAUUGGGAACUCUAUUUAUCAAUUCAGUCAUAUCUAGAAAAAGAAAAAGAAAGUUUCUUAAGAUAACUAUGUCUUGUAUAGUUUUUGUCAAAGGUCUGUAAAAUGUAUAUUAUAAUUCAUAAGUCUUGGUUGUAGCAUGAUAAACUCUUUAAAAGAAACCUGUCCUACCAUUUAUGCCAUGGUCAUCUUAU